AUGUCGAAUCCGGGUUUAACCAUAAUGAAUUCCCUGGCUAAAAUCUCGUUGCCCCCGAUAUCUGACAUUUUGCAACAGGCUACCCAACCGCUGUCGCCGCUGAGCUUGCGCAUCCCUCCUCAGCCGUCGUCGUUGGCGCUGUCGUCGUUGGCGGCGGCCGCCGCCGCCACCACGCCGCUGCCGGGCCCGCUGGUGUUGCCGCCGUUGCACCGGGCGAUGCUGACGCCCACCCUGCUGAUGGGGGGUCCGUUGCCGUCGUCGCUGUCGUUUGGCGUCGCGGGGACGCCGUUGGCGACCCCCGGCGCCACUCCCGCAACCGGGUCGAUGGGCGCUUUUGGGCUUUCCAACUACCGCUACGACUACUACAAGCCGGUAAACAACAUCACGCCGCCGCCGCUUUCGCUGGCGGGCGCCGCUGCGGGCAGCGGCCACCCCCAUCACCAUCCUCACCACUACCAUCCUCACAUAUCGGCGGCGCUGGCAGCGCCGCUGGCGCUGGCGCCGCAAUUGAUCCCCCCUGUGGCCGCGCCGGCGCCGCCGCUGCAAUACCUCCCGCGCAAGGCUGACGACCUGAAGCUCAAGCGCAAAACCCGAAACAACUUGCCCAAGGAAACCACCUACAUCUUGCUCAAAUGGCUCAACGACCACCUCAACCACCCGUACCCGAACUCGUUUGAAAAGAACCAAUUGAUGAUGCUGACGGGACUCAACCAACAGCAGUUAAGCAACUGGUUCAUCAACGCUCGCCGUCGCAAAAUAAAAAGCAUGAAGGAACAAAAACGGUUGAACGUAAUCUAG